CACACACACACACACACACACACACACACCACACACAGCACACACAGAGCACACACAGAGCACACGCCACAGCACCACCGUCAACACUGGAAGGACAAGAGGAGCGGCAGCGGUUUCGCCGGCACAGCCGUCGAUCGCAAUCGGAGGGAAGCUCCGAAGACGCUCGGGGACGGCCCUGGUUCACGCGACCCCUGCGCGAAGAAGAACAACCCCAAGAAGGCAACACCGCCACAACAACAACAACAACAACAACAGCGAGAACAACACCACCAACAACAACCACAACAGCGACAACAACAAGCAUGGAACGGCAACAACAACCACAACAACAGGAGCAACAGCAGCAACAGCAAGAAGAAAGUGGCAGAGACAGGGGAGACAAUGGCCGGUCUUCCCCACAGUCAGCAUCGCGCGCGUCGCCAUCAAAGCGCGUGUCAAUGCCGGCAGACACCAGCACCGCUUCCGUGCUGGAGCGGCUGAACACCCUACGGCAGCAGAGCGACCUGAUGAUGGCGGGAACCCGCGACGACGCCGCAGUCAUGAAAACCAGCAGCAGCAGCGGGGACGUGCGCGAGUCAAAGGACGACGGCAGCGUCUCGGCCUCCGUGGCCAAGGAAGUGCUGCGUCGCCAGUCGAGCCACCCUAACUUGGCCCGCUCCGCUGGCGUGGACAUGGGGCCCGCAUCCUCCACGCCGUCCCUCCACCAGCAGCAGGGCGUGCGCGGCGACACGCUGCUGACGCUGGAGGCGAUGGCGCACACGCUCGGCACCCCAAACAGCCCCGCGGACCGCUGGAAGGACACGAGCACCACGGGCCGUCGCCGCCGCCCGCGCCUGCGCUCAAAGUCGUGCGUCAACCACAACAACAACGGCGACCACGACGACGACCGCAUCACGUACGUGGAGCAGCUGCCGUUCAGCCAGGACACGCGCUUGCCGGCAGAGUCGGACAUUGUGACGCUGAUGGUGAUUGCCAUGAAGAAGAAGGUCAUGGCCACGCCCAUGCAGACUAUCCUGAAGAAGCUUGCAAGCUUCCCGGAGUUUCGCGUGCUAGUAUUGGUGGAGGAGCUGUUUGUGGAGGACAUUGAGCUGUGGCCCACGUGCGACUGCCUCAUCGCGUUCUACUCCACGGGGUACAACCUGAAGAAGGUGGAGCAGUAUGUUGCGCUGCGCCACCCGUUUCUGCUCAACGACCUUGCCAUGCAGCACCUGCUGCUUGACCGGCGCGAGGUGUAUCGCAUCUUGGAGGAGAACAACAUCCCCGUGCCGCCAUAUGUGGUGCUGGACCGCACCAACGGAAAGCAGCCCGAGCUCAUCGAGAAGGAGGACGCCAUUGUCGUCGACGGCGAGUCCAUCUCAAAGCCAUUUGUGAUGAAACCGAUUGAUGCGGAGGACCACAACAUCUACGUGUAUUUCUCGCAGCACGAUGGCGGUGGCGCCCAGCACCUGUUUCGCAAGAAGAAGGACAGGGCAAGCGAGUUUAUUGCGGACAAGUGCGACAUUCCAAAAGAAGGGUCAUACAUCUUUGAGAAGUUUCUCACAACAGGCGGCACGGACAUCAAGGUGUACACGGUUGGGCCAAACUACGCACAUGCAGAGGGCAGGAAGGCGCCUGUUGUGGACGGCAAGGUGCUUCGCGACCAGCGCGGCAAGGAGUUGCGCUGCCCUAUCCUGCUGAACGCGUUUGAAAAGGAGAUUGCGAAACAGGUCGUGCAGGCCUUCAAGCAGAACGUGUGCGGCUUUGACCUCCUCCGAACACAGGAGCACAAGUCGUACGUGUGUGACGUACUGUCAAAUGCGCGGGCGGUGGCAGCGAACAUCUGGAGAACUGACGGUCUCCGCGGCUUCUUCCGUGGUUGGACAGCACCUGUGCACCGCCGCUGCUUGGAGACGAACUCAGCAUCGAGCGCCCAAUCACCGUCCCACGACACCGUGAUGCAGAGUGCCGAGCUGCGGUGCGUGAUUGGACUUAUCCGCCAUGGCGACCGCACCCCGAAGGAGAAACUGAAGCUCAAAGUGAACAUGAGCGAAUUCCUCGACUUGUACCGCCGAUGGGCGGACGACUCUGCAAAGAAACCAGCAGAGAUCAAACUUAAGACACGCAUGCAGCUUGAGGACGCUCUCUCGUGCAUCCAGAAAGUGCUUGCAAGCACGACGUUGACGGAGGAAAUGCGACAGGCGCUCAUUAAGAUUGAACAGGUCCUCACGCGCUGGCCCAUCUCAGGCAUCAACCGAAAGCUGCAGGUGAAACCGAUUGUCGACAGCGAAACGCACGCGCUCAAAGGUGUGAAGCUCGUGAUGAAAUGGGGCGGCGAGCUGACACCGAGCGGAUUGCAUCAGGCACAGCGCGCCGGACAAGACUUCCGGGAGCUCAUGUACCCGCGGUCCACAGACAUGAACGGGCUGCUGCGGCUGCACAGCACUUAUCGCCACGACCUCAAGCUCUACUCCUCAGACGAGGGCCGUGUGCAGAUGACAGCAGCUGCGUUUGCGAAGGGCCUGCUGCAGCUUGACGGCGAGAUCACGCCCAUCCUCGUGUCUCUCGUGCGCAAGGACCAGGCAGUGAACAUGCUGCUGGACGAGACGAAGGCCGCACGAGAGGAUAUGGAUCGCGUCAAGCAGACGAUUGGCCGCCUGCUCCUCGAAACGAAGGACUGGGACCACGCAAAGCAACAACUCGUCCCAGACAGGAAGCUGUCGCUGUCUGUAGAGGCGCAACUCGAUGCGAUUUCGAGCGGACGGGAGGCAAUGCAGGACCUGUAUGAGCAGCUGACGUCAAUGGUGAAGGAUCUUGAUCGAAAGAUUGCAGAGAACCCUUCCAUCCCCGUCUACAGGGGUGAGCCCGUGGGUUUGCUGCAGCGGCGCUGGCACAAGCUGCAGGAGGAGUUUUACGAUGCGAAACACGACACGUUUGUUGUGAGCAAAAUCCCGGACAUCUAUGAUAGCGCCAAGUACAUGGUCCUGCACAACUCCCAUCUCGGCCUCUCCCAGAUGGAAACCGUCUUCUCCCUCUCAAAGACGUUGGCGGACGUGGUGGUGCCGCAGGAAUACGGGAUCACACGCGAGGACAAAAUUGCCAUUGGCCGCAACAUUUCCGGACAGCUGCUGCGAAAGAUGGUACAUGACCUGAAAGUUGCUGCGGGGAAGGAGACGACGCAUCAGAUGUUCCAGCACGAGGUCUCGCACCGGCUGGACAGCGGCCGUGACAGCUUCAUCCACGUCCGCACCCCCGAUCGCAAUGUGCGCACGCGGCUGUACUUUACGAGCGAGAGCCACAUACACUCGAUGCUGAACGUGAUGCGGUGCGGCGAUUACGGCCUCUUUGGCCACAAGUGGAUCCAAGAUUUCCAGCGGGAGCGCCGAGAGCGACAGAAGACGGAGACGGGCGCACAUGUCAACGACGAGCACAACGGCGCCGAUGGUGAUGUUGAUGUUGAUGGUGAUGGUGAGAAGCAACAACAACAACAACAACAACAACAACAACAACAACAACAACAACAACAACAACAACAACAACAACAACAACAACAACAACAACAACAACAACAACAACAACAACAACAAGAGGAGCAAGCCCGUGUGCAAACACAUCAGCAGCGGAAGCAGCGGAAGCACAAGCGCCGCCCCCGUCGCUCCAAGUCCGCUGGUGCUCCUGUUGAUGACGACGACGACGACGAUGAUGACGGCGAUGGUGAUGGCAGUGACAAUGGAGGCAGCAGCACGGCUGAGGAAGACGAUCAAGGAUUGAUGUUUGACAGAGGCGUUGUGUGUGAGGAUGACAGCGACGAAGAGGACUCCGACCACGAGGGCUGCUGCACGGGCGAGGUGCACGCUGGGUUCCCCACAAUGCCAACACCACCCGGUCGCUCGUGCGGUUACAGAACAUGGUGCUCCGGCACGCGCUAUCUCUCCGAGAGCUCUGAGCUCAACUACCUGUCGCAGGUCGUGUGCCGCCUCUUUGAGCGCCCGUGUCUCCCAAAGGACGAUCCAAACCGCUUCUUCGUCGAGUGGCUCAUCACCAACGGCACCCCGCUGUCUGACCUGCCACCCGUCCCUUCGCGUGGAGAGUCCCCCGGCUCCUCCUCCGACGGCGACAACGGUGACGAUGACCGCCCGCCCGUCUCGCCAUAUGUUGUCCUCCAUCCGGGCCUGCCGCUGCAAUGCCUGGAGGCGUUUUUCCGCAAGUUUUAUCCGGCGCACCAGGACGACUCGGACUGGGCAACCUUCAAAUGA